CGGCUCGUUAUUGCCAUGCCAUAGCCUUGCAAACUCCAACUCCAAAUUCCGCCCACAUUGCAAUACCUAGCUUCUAUUCACUCCACUGUCAGCUUUUGGGUUGUUAUUGUUAUGGGCCGCUGCCAUCGCCUGCAUGUCCACCUGGCCCCGGCUGGAAGACAGUGGCUUACUUAAGCCUCGGAUUCCGUCAGCUUUCUGCCUUUCCCUGCUCACUCAAUCUUACAUGGCGACCCCACGGCAGAAAGGCCCGUGCGCAAUUACUGACAGUUGCGACGCGUCUUCGUUGUUCUGUCACUACGACGUAGAGCGCGCCUCCGCUCAAUAUACUUACUUCAGCCUCGACGAUCGGGAUAACUGAUACCCACACCAUCACGGUAAUCUUUCUAUUGGCAUCCGGGAUUUCGCAAGUGGUAUAUUUCGGUUCCAUUAAGGCAUCCGCCAAUACUAUCGCAUCCCAUAUCAGUUGGCCUGCCGGAAUGUUGUGACCGCCAUGGCGCGUUUCUCCAUCCCGAUCAAAGGACGCCUGUCGUCAGAUGUGCGACUUCCGCCGUCUAAUCUGGUGGUCCAGAAAACCUUGAGUCGCCUAUCUCGCCCUUCUUUAUUGUUUUUGGUUCUUGAGUGGCUGAAUGACGACAAUGCUCAGCUGUGCGCACCACUCCUGGGUGAAGAGGACGACGGUGACGGAUUCUACCCCCCGGCAUCGUCGAUAGAGGAAUUGCGGGCUAUCUAUGCGGACCUACAGCACAGAAAGGGGUCCAAGAGAGAGGUUUUUGAUCGCAUCACCGAAGGCGACUGGCAGCACGGUCUGACCCUGUACCAAAUGGCCCUGGCGGACGCUCAAUAUCUUCAAGAUCAUCCGACAUCACAGAAAUGGACCGCCUAUCGCAUCGCACCGCUCAAAGAAGCCUCGUAUUUGGAUGACGAGGAACAACCUCCCGAAGUCGACAAGGAGUCCCUGAUCCUCCCUCGGUUUCAUCCAUCUUCCUUCAUCCAAAGCCUCCAGGCCCAUGUCUUACCCGACGUUAAAGCCCAUUACCACUUUCACCGGCCUCAAGGGCUUGCUCUCUCAAUACUGCGCAUCUUCCUCAUCGAGUCCCCUUAUAGCACGAGCAUGACACAUCUAAGCAGCAGCCUCCCACCAACGGACUCUGAUUUUGACAGCUCACGAACGCUAUAUGUUGCCUUUCCCGAUGCAUCACCCUUCGUCUAUCUAUCAAAAUCACAAGCCGUGGGCUCACUAGGAGCGAGCGAGUCCAAAAGUUUCCGCAGCUUGGUUGUGGAAGGCAUACCAAAGGCUCUCUCCCGGCCGCGGGAAAGAUAUACUCUCAAACCCACCAAUAUUUCAACCAAGAAUCUAGAUGCGCUGUUGCAUGUUAGAGGCGUUGGACGGACAAACGCGGCCGGUGGAGGAUGGGGCAUCUACGCCGAUAAGAAGAAGAACGAGUCACCGCUUGAUUCCGUUCUACCAACUCCGCCACUAUCAGAGGAAUCGUCAGACGAUGCUUUGGAGUCGGCCACAAAACCAAACUCGAAACGGAAAGCGGAUGGCCCCGACGACGCCAAAAAGUUUGUUAAAAGAGCUCGGCUGUGUGCACAGGCGAGGUUCGGAGACACGGCCAAAAUCGACGACGGCUUGGGCAUCGAGCGUGUUGAUAUCGUUAUUGAAGAUCCGUUUCCUAACAGCUUUCAGAGCGUUCCAAUGGGCAAUGAGCGAGGCCCUGAAGAUGAGGCAGACAUCGGGACGAGUAAGCGAAAAGGUGGCCGGAGGAGCAACGCUGAGAUUUCUUUCGAAAAUCAUUCGGACACCGGGGAGAAUCGACCAGAUGCCAAAAUCUGGGUACCGAACGUGAAGCUAACGUUUCAUGGGCCUCAUGUGUUUGCUGGCAUACGGCAGCUGGUAGAGAACGGCAUCAUUGACGGAGAGCGGAUGCCGGGGUGGCUGACGGGCGAAGAGGGCGUGACUGUGGGGGCUGUCAGGCAUGGCAGGAUCCGGGGGCACAAGGGCUCCGGUUUAUAAGAGCAGGAUCUGGUUGUUAUAGAGGGUUCGCCCCGUGUGAUGCGGCUAUGACCCUAAGCGCUUGUGUUUCUUCGAAAAUGAGCUU